GAGAACCCAUCAAAAUGUCUUCAGCGGCAUCUGAAAAAAACAUCAUGGACAAAACUGUUGAUAUCCCAAAGGCUGAUUUAGACUCAGUUAGUGUAGAGAGUGAGCGUCUACUCAUUGAGAACGCCAAACUUCGUAAACUGAUGGGUCUCAUGCAAGAGAAUGUGGAGCUUCGUGACACCUUAAGAGACCAUGAGAGGAAGAUUCGAAACCUGUCCCCCCCAAGGAAGUCAAAGAAAGAAUCAAAGGAAAAAGACAUGAGGGUGCUUGAAACGCGUUCCCAUCAAAACAAAGACCUGAAGCUGCCUGGAACAAAUCCAGAUCCAAAUACCAAAUGUGAAGCAACAACAGAUCCCCGCCUAAACUAUCUAGAUCCUGAAAAACUGAAGCAGUGUAAGAGGAUGGUUGGAGAAAUUGCUUUUCAGUUGGACCGCAGGAUCCUUUGCGCCAUCUUCCAUGAACAACAACGUCUUUAUGGAUACCGGGUGGCUAACAUAAAAGAGAAGAUCACACAGGUGACCACCUGUCCACUAACUGGCAAGGUUGAUGACCAAUUAAGAUCUGAGUUGAGCGAACGCUACCAUCAAACAAUGGAUCAGUUGAAGAAGCUGGGCUAUGACCCUACCGUUCACCCCUACUAUGCAGAAUAUCUUGUCAACACCUACGGAAUCAUAAAGGAGAGGCUGAUGGCUGGAAAUGAAGACAUGUUGUCCGUGAACGAUCCACAAGUCCUUAGCAAGAUAAUAGCCGAGUACAUGGUCAAUGAAAAGGUGGAAGACAUCCUGAUUAUCCUCAAAUGUCUGGCAUUCCUUGCCACGCAGAAUGGGAGCACCAUGUUCAUCUGGUGACAUUCAUGUUCCAUUAACCUUCAGGAAUAAUAAAUAAGUGCAUCAUACCUAAUAACUCUUCAAUUUAAUCAUGGAUCAAAGAUACAAGCUAUAGGCUCCUUUUUUAUGGUCACAUUUUCUUUGAUCAAGAAUCUUGUUUACUUUCAUACAAAGUGGU